AUGCUUAAUAUUUCUUCAAAUGAUAAAAUAGAUUCUGAUAAAACUUUUUCCGAUCCAUUUAUAAAAUUUGAACGCUCAUCAUCACAUAAAGAUAUAUCUUUUCGUGAUUUAGUUUUAUCAAUUAAACAAUAUACUAUUACUGCUUUUAUGCCCAAAGAUUAUCAUGACUCUGUAACUAAAGAUUAUUGGGGAUUCAUGAAAUGGCAGUUUUAUCAUAAUAUUGCCGGAUCUGUCACUGGAGUUUUAUCAACACAAUCUUUAAUUUACGCCAUGGGACUGGGCGCAAAUUCAAUCCCUCUCGCUGCAGCAUUAAAUUGGAUUAUAAAAGAUGGUUUAGGUCAAUUAGGUGGUGUAAUCUAUGCUGCAUCUAUUAACGACCGUUUUGAUUCUGAACCAAAACGUCAUCGGUUUCAAUCUGUAAUUGUUAUGCAAUGGGCUUCUCUACUGGAAUUCUUGGGUGAUAUUACCGGAAAGUCUGGGUCACAGAGUACAGCAGCAGGUCUACUUGGUACUGCUUCCAUCACAGUCUAUAGUGCUUCUCAGUCGAUUAUUCCAAUCAUGAUCUGCUUUAUUCCAUUUUCAAUUUUCAACAUUUAUUCAAGCUAUCGGUCUAAUCUUUAUGUGACAACAAAUACUCUCAAUGUUCCUCGUGCAGAAAUGAUUUUAUAUGGUAUUUUAAAAUCACUUGAUGAAAGAUCAAAUUUAUCUUUACCACAUAAUAAUGUCAUAAAAGAUCUAAUACCGACACCAAAAAAUAUAUCAUCACGAGAAAUAUUUGUUGGUUAUUAUCAUUCAUCAUUUAAAAUACCUCUGGUGAUCGAGCCUGCUUUACAUCAUUAUACUUCACAGGAAUAUACAAAUAAUUUGAUUACAUCUCUAACACAUAAAGGGUUCAUUCAUUCUGAAGAAUAUUUCAUUCUUCAUACACCAAAUCGUAAUUCCGGUAACAAACAACAUGUUGUACUUUGGUUUUCACAAAAUGCAAAAUCAAAAGAUAUGAUUAAAGGUUUUUAUCAUGCAUGUGCAGUAAGGUAUUUAUUGGAAGGUCAUGAUCUUUUUAAAUUAGAUAAAGAUUAUAAUGAUUUCAUUUUUAAUAUUAUGAAAAUUUCUCAUGAAUGGGUAGAAAAUUCAUUUGAAAUUUUUUUAAAAGUUCUUGUAAAAAAAAAUUGGGAGAUUGAACAUACUUUUUUGACGGAUAAAAAUAAUCAUAGAUUAUCUAUAGAUAAUUAG